CAAACAAGAGAAUGCAUAUGAAAGAAGCAUCAUUGUGCAGGGCCGUCUGCAGGUUUGACUUUCCACAAAUACGUGUUCUCUUCUACAGGAAUGACGUGAAGAACAGGAGUUACAGUUUUGCGCGCUUUUGCAUGUUGUACGUACAAAAUUAUACAUAGAAGUUCGUGAACGAGGGACAGAAAGAGAAGCGGACGAGGAGCGUGGAACAUGCUGACUUUUGGACAAAACAUUUCAUGUAAGUUUUACUAUCAAAACACAAAAUCAUCAGGCCUCCAUUGUCCCCCAUCUCGCAAAAUAAAUGGAAAUGAUAACUCCAAAAUGACACCCCCACCAAAAUGAUGCUUGCCCCUCCAUUGAAACUUAGAAACGACUAAAAAAUGCUACUCCUAUGAUGGCUACUUUCCGAAAAAAACUACCUACCCAAGAAGGAAAACUCAUAUGUCUUUCCAAUGUGUGCCUGUGCGCUUCUGAAAGUAGUAGGCCACUGCGGCAACGCAAAAUUGUUUGAGCAAGAGGCUCUUCUGGUGAGGUGUAUAUUGCUACACGACCACUCAGUUGUUUAUAAGUAGGAGUGAAGAAGUAAGGCAACGCUAUGUCUCUGAGGAGUCGCACAUUCCGCGUGCGCAAAAACGGCAUCGACGAGGGCCCAUCGUCUCUGGACCUCUUUCGAGGAAUAGGAACCCCGGUCCGCAGUGGCUUGGCAUUUGCCUUCUGCACGAGCCUUUGCUUUUUCAGCAUUUUUAUAGCCUUUCAGAGCGAAGGAGUCAUUGCGCAGUCGAACAUCGAGAAGAUUCCUCAGUUUGUGUGUCACUCAAACACCACGAACUCGGGAGGGGCGCCGGUUUUAAACGACUGCAACGUGCUUGCGCGAGAUACAAACACGCAGCGUUACUACGGCCGAUUCUUCGAGAACAGCGCUGCUGCAACGAAGGGUCCCGUCACACGACACACGCAAAUAGAAAUCGUGUUUCAAGCUCGCACGCGGCUAACAAACUACCGACUAGGCUGUCUGCCAGAUGGACAGUACAUACAUUUUUAACUACCGGCUAGCGCUAGGUUCUCUGCCGGAUGGACAGUACUUACUUUUUUUGUAAACUGAGUCUCUCUCAGCUGCCUUUGCUACUUUGAUGAUCUCUUUGGUUAUGUUGGAUAUCGAUAUUGUCCAUUUACUUCUCGUGAAUUGAUGGGUUCUCAAGUUUUUGUUUUAUAAGUAGCUCUCUCUAGUAGCUUUCAGUAAAAAGACCGUGUGCGAGAUUUAUCUUUUACAACAAUUCUCCCUCGUCCAGCCCGCUGCGAUGGUACGUGUACGAUGAGUAUGGUGCACAGCUGGACUCGCGGACGGAGGACAGAAUCUGCGACUCUACUGAGAAGUUCGAGAUUGCCAACGCCGGUAAUCAUCAACCCGCAGAGCGUUUUUUCAUCGAAUUCACAGAGGUUUCUGUGUCGCUGAACCUUCCUAACCCGCCAGUGAGUCAUGUUUUGCAGCUGGCCUUCAUCGUGGUAGAGGUGGACAAGUACUAUGGUCUGAAGCCGCACCCCUGGGGCGCGUGCUCGGCGGAGUGCGGCGGCGGCACGCAGCGACGUGAUAUUACGUGCGCAAACGUCUUUAACGGGGAGGUUCGCUCGGCGGUCAUUUGUGGGGUGUCGGGCGGUGAUGCGGCAUUAGAGGGAGCACGAGAACAGGCUUGCAACACGCAACCGUGCGCCUGCGUCGGUACGUGUCUCGAGCAUGCAAAGCGCUGCGCGGCUAGCUCGACCAACAGCGCGGUUUUGGGAUGCGAGAAGCUGUUUUUGAAAGGCAGUGGUGGUCUGGUCAGACUAUCCUGGUCUGGCGAAAGACACGCGGAUGCGGGAAGUAUCGCAACGAGUGGCGUACUGGACUCUGUCGCCGUCGCACCCUACUACACGGCGCCACUUCUCGGCAGCUAUUCGCUCGCUGUGGCAGACGUCUCAGCCCGAACCCCAUCCGCGUGGAGGUUGUACGCCGGUCCGCCUGAUUGGGAAGAGAAGAACGUGGACAUUCUAACCACCGGCCCAAACGGUGGCCCGCCACCACAGCACGAAGUGUACACCGGGCUCACGCUCGUCGACAUGCGCGUGAACUACGGACCUGCGAGCGGCAAGUGGCGUGCGGCAACCACCGAGCAAGCGCCGUUGCCGCGAGCUAGACAGCUUAGAAGCAACCGAGAUCUCAGCUCUUUGUCCGACACAAUUCAGUAUACGGUUGUGGACAUCAACUCGGACGCAGCUAAUAAAGACAAGUUAACUGCAUUGCUGGCAGCGAGCUUCCCCGCAGCUGCAAAUCGGCCUGCAGGGCUCGUGAUUCCCACAAACGAUGAAAUCGUAGAUCCAAACAGAUGGGGCUUCUACAGAAUCGAGUUCCUUGCUGUUGGCGACACUACAUAUAACAACGCAAAGAUGCUGCAGACCCACACCUAUCCGGCACAGGUAAUUUUGAUCUUCUUUCCCAUUGCUUAUAAAUUUUAAUUUUUUUCAUCACACUCUUUUCGUGAAAAUUGUCGGGUCUUGUCGAUAGCAAUGACUGAGUCGACUUUUUCUCUUUGUCGAUCCUGUGGAGACAAGCGAAUUCUGUCUUAGUUGUUUUCAUUUUCCUUUCUUGCUCUACUUUUUAUUUUAUGACAUCGUCCCUGAUAUGACUUUACUAAACAAAGAUCUUAAUGAUAAUUGAUUGUGUCUUUAUAACAUCGUUUCUUUUGUUGAACAAAGGUUGGCUUCGCAGACUUUGAUCUGUUUAAUCGUGGAGUGGCUUUCGGAGUAGAGCUGGGUGCCUGGAGUACUUGCAGUAAGAUGUGCGGUGGAGGAACGCAAACGCGGACAGUGAAAUGCAAGGGCAGUGAUGGGGGAACUUAUCCAUUGUACUUACUAAGUAACAGGCAGUUCCUUUUCCACUGAUUUAUCUUCAUGGAUUGAUCACGGUAGAGACUUGAUUCAAACUCGUUUGUACAGCUAGGAAACUUGGUGAGCUUUUUGUUGUCCCUUGCUUCAUACCUUCUCCGAGUCCGAGUUCAUCCAUUGUUUUCAUUUAGACCACCUACCACUAUCAGCCGCCGGUGCAGCGACUACGAUCCUACGACGCAAGUGAAGGAGCAGGCGUGCAACGUCGCUGCAUGUCCGGAUCCGGGUCAGAUCACUUCAAUCGCAAUCCAGGAUGUUGACCGCUACGAUGUGCUCGCCAUGCGGGUGAGCAUCUCCAAUCCCGGCGGGACCUUGAUCUGCGCAGCCUACAGUGAGGACCCGCGAUCGAGGGCCUUCCCGCCAGAAGCUGCAAGUCAAGUCACGGCCGCGACAGACAUGAGCGCAAAUGCACUAAGGAAGCAGCGACUCAGCCAGGCAUGCGCGCCACCGACUUGUGAGGCGCAGAUCAAGGAGCUGCCGCAAAAUCUGACGCAAAGGGUGUAUUGCGGCGUCGAAGACAUUGCCGGGACACUGCAUAUCCAGUACCAACGGGAAUUGCGGACUUUGCGCGGACCGGUGCUUCAGCAGCUAGGCGCAGCGGACGGGGGCUCGGGUUGCUAUCGGGACCAUUUAGUACGACGGGACCUGCCGACACAAAUGAACGCAACCGACAAACCGGACGGCAACUACCAUACGGAAGGAGAGUGCGCAUAUCUCUGUCGCGAUUUUCAUUACUUUGGCCUGCAAAUGAUGGGAGAGUGUCGCUGCGGAAACAAUACCGUUCGCAAAUACGGAAAAGGAGAGUACUCCUUCUUUUACAUCACUGAUUGACAUAUUUUCGAUUUCGCAUCGGUCCACUAAUUUUGCUCCAAAACAGGUUUGUUUAAACAUACAACGCAGAAGCCAAUAAUUGUCUAUCUAUAAAUGGACCAACUUGUAUUAUUUUUUGGACGAUUUUUCUAUAGGUACGGCAAGUCAAUGUCAGGAGGGUGCGAUUGCGACGGACCAAUUUACGGCUACAAUGUCCAGUGUGUCUGGGAACAGGUUCCCCCGCUCAUCGACAGCCUUUCUGGGUCUGCAACGCGUGUCUACGCUAGCAAGGUCAAGUUGGGACUAUGGCUCAACCCUCAGGAAUUCGUGCACUCAGGUGGUCAGCCAACAGUGAAAUGCACGAUCGUUGGCUCGAAAAGCAGAGUAGGAGCUUCGCCAACCCGACGACUGUUGGAUGAGGGUGCGAUUGAUGAAGCCAUAUUAGCCCUCCCAUCAUCUUCAUUCGAGGGAGAUGGUGCUAUCAUGGCAAGUGCAACAAGUAGAGCACUAUUAAAUGAUGGGAACGAGAAGCAACUCGAAGGUACCAGGAUCCAUGCGCCUGCAGGUCGUGCUUGGCAGGUGAAACCACCAACGCAUAAGACGAGUCAUGUAGAUGGGCGGAAAUUGACUACGAUAAGCUCGCUCGCACGUGCGUCAGCCUUGUGUCUGCGAUCUGACCAGCCUUGCGUGGUGGAGUUUCAUCCGCAGCAGGUACCGCCGAAUCAUGAGUUCGCCUUUGAAUGCCAGGAGGACAGCGAUCUGCACGAGCCGCGUCACAUCCGCUACUACAGUGCGCAGACGUCGCAGAUCGCGAUCGUUUUCAAACCGACUUUCGGCGUCAUCGAUGUCGACUGGGGCAUAGGUCACGUGGCGGUGCGAAAUCUCGAUUGGCGCGCCAUCCAGUACCAGUGUUUCGCACAGCCAGCGGGCGUCUCAGAGAACCAAUUAGGGAAAAACGGCCGUCCAUUACCGGUGCGCGGAAGUGAUCGAGCCUUCUGCCCGACUGGACAAGACUGCACGGCAAACAUCCGAAAUCUGCACCAUGGCGCAACCUACGACGUCUUCUGCGAACUCCAGACAGGAACGAUAAAGAUGAAGAUGGCGCCGCAGCAGGUAGAUUAUCCUUUCAUUUUUUAGAAGAGCAGUCGUUUCACUUAAGUUCUAAGGCCUACGAGAUUGACAUUUAUAGGGUUUAUACAGGACGAAGACGAACUGGAACCCGUUACUAGUCUACCAUACAUAGACAGACUGGGUAUAGGCAACUGUGCAUGAGUAUAUUUAUUGCGUUUGUGAACACAGAAAUUCAAAAUCCUGUUCGAUGAAUCAAUAAGUAUCAGAUCCUCGCUUGAUGUGAUUAUUUCUCUUCUUCAUCGAAUCCAGGGUCCAUACGAUGCUUUUGCGGCUAAGCAGUAUACUCUGCAGAAUUGGUAUAAGGAUUCAGCCGGUAUGCCACAAGCGGCGGCUGCAGCUCCGACAGUUAAGCUUCCUGUUUUAAUAUUGCUACAUCAACACGAAAAGCUGUUAGAAAGUAAUAGAACUAUGUAUCCAUCCUCCUAUCCGCGAAGAAUGUAUAAUCUGCUAAACGCACAAGGAUGAUCAGUCACUCAGGUCCUCACGACAAUUUCAUCUCAACAUUAAAAGACGGUUACUGUUGUAACUAUCCAUUGUCCUCUCCUCUCUAAUACAACGACGAAUCCGCCUCCCCGACCGCCCGUGCGUAUGCGCAGUGAUGAAGACCCAAUUUCAGGGGGUUUCGUUGCGGGGAUGACGUUUCUCGGUAUCUUCAUGGUCGCAGUCGGCUGGAUGACAACCAGCGGCUGUCGUGGAGACCAUGAAGAGCUAAGUUUUCCAGAAACACUGACAACACGUCAGAGACUGUUGAUGAGCGGAUUCGAGUUUUUGCAAUGGUACGAAAAAUUAUAUGAGUACUAGAAUACAGGACAUGGAAAGGUGAGGUCGUCUGAGGUGAAUCUUAGAAGGACAAGGAUUUCUUUUCCGAAAAAGCUUUCAUAGAAGACCGCAUGUUCCAUGUGUCCUCUCCGAAGGUGAUUCGGAACUUCAUCAAGUGCAACCCUGUAGUUAGUGACAGUUGUUUUGUUUUGGAUCCCCAGAGAACGGAUAAUAAAUUGAUAUACAGAAAAAUACUUACAACGAAUAAAAACCUCAUCAUGACUUCUUCACUGGACCAGGUACGAUUUCUUGUCCGACGCGGUUUUGACGAAGAAUUUGAGUCGGAUUAGCGGAGACGGGCAGACAGAGUUCGUGAAUAACAUGCAGCAUUUCGCAGUGGUUUUACUUUGCUGGAGUUCAUGCAUCUUCGGUUGGAGUAUUUUAAGACUGGGAUUGUACCCUAUGUUCGUGGACAACUUCGGGUCCAGGCGUUUUCACGUCCAUUAUCGUGGGGCUCGCGAGAAGAAGCCUGAAUGCGGUUCUUAUUUGCUCUUUGUCUUCCCAGCGAGCGUGUUCGCACCCCUGAUGGUGAGCGACGCCGGCACAAGCUUCACGGCGGCCUCAGGGGAAUCGAGAAUACACUCCGGAGGCGGUCGGGAUGCGGAAGCCCUGUGGCGCGCCUUUCAUGGCAAGCGCUUUUUCAGGCAAUCCAUGUCUGCAGUUGAGGAUUUCGGGUUUACCCUGGUGUGCCUGCUAUUGCUAGCGAGCAGCGACAUCGACUACGACGCAGGACCGUUGACAAUUAUGGCUCACCCUAAUCCAUCUUCUGAAGCAUCGAUCUUAGACCUGUCGGCCCCAUAAAAGGGUGAAAACUAAUAGGUCCAACGAGAUGAGUCCGGCGAUGGAUUAGGGUCAGCUCUAAAACAAGCAGCGACGUGGCGCACUCUUUUAGCAGCUCUUUGCUAAUGCUGCUCUUCGCACACGGCAUCCUUCCUGCACUGUUGCACGGGUCCGGACCUGCGCAGUUCUUAGGACUGGCUGGUGGAGCUCUAUCCGGCCAGGCAGGCGAUGGCACGACGGCACGUGGUCUGAUGAUGCCGCGUUUGGAAGUGAGACUGCCAACAGGCGAGGGCACCCAGAUCCGCACCGAGCUUGGUGCAGGAGCUUACGCGGAACACCAAGACGAGGACCUGCCAAGGAGCAUCCUUAAAAGCAACCAACAAGGAGGCGCGUCUGGUUCAUCUGGAACGAACAAUAGAAACAAUCAGAAGAUAAUCGAUGAAGUACGCGCUCAGAUGGAAGAGAAUUUGAAAAAACAGAAGAGCGCAGCGUCUUCGACUAGAAGUUCUUCGAAAAAAGGACCUGGAGAUAAAGGUUUUUUUGCCAGUCGGGCUGCACAGCAGGCGCCGAAGAAGCCACAAGCGCGAACGGACAUCGACUUUAGUAGCUCAUCUGGCACCUCAUCGUCAAGCUCGAGUUCGGCAGAGGAAGACAUGGGACGCGGCAGAGGAGGCGGCCGAACUGUAAAUACAGGUGGCUCUCCAAACCGACCUGGCACAAGUGCCUUUGGCCUGAAAACAAAUCGAACUUUGGGCGUUCCCGACCAGAAAAUGCAGAAGGUACGACAGUACUCACCGGGUGGAGGAGCUACAACGUCGUCAGCGCGAGGACGCGCAGAUACAGGAGAUAGAGACCAAUUUAUGCCAAUAUCACCGUCAAACACGGCUGGGACUACAAGCACAUCUCCACAAAAACGAAAUAGCUGGCGAGCGCCAGGUGUCAUGCCUGCGUCGAAAAAACCACCAAAACUCAAUUUCGGAGCAAAUCGACCCGGAGACUGACGCAUAUGGUAGUCAUAGGGCGAAUAGUGCUUGUAAAAAGUUAAAAGGACUAAUGAAAGCAGUGGCGGUCAUCUUAAAAUAUUGAUAUGUAAGUACAUAACGCUGCGAACGGGAACUCUUGCCGGCCUUGAUCAUAUCAUUUACAUUUUUAUAGCAGAACUCAGAAGUCGUCCACAACUUGCAUUCUAUUUUCAAAAUCUAAUGAACACUGAUAGGCCGAUCCCAAUUAAUACUUUCUUGUAUUCCAUGCAUUUUUGCUCAUUUUUCCGGUCCGCCCCUAACCCUCAUUUCCUGUUGUGUCCCAGCAGUAGCUAAUCACCCUCUUCUGUUGUGUCCCUGUGAUCAUGCAAAGAGAUGACAUCUGUAUGAUCCACUUUCGAGUGGCUCUCUAUGACUCCUUUAGUUCUUCUGAUGUUGGUCUUCUAUAUGAAGAUGAAACGGCAUCAACCGCUGUACAAAAAUCUUGGAUGAAUAAACUUGUAUGACUCUGAAGAGAUAAUACCGCG